GAGCCUCCUCAGUCAACCUGGACAGCCUCAGCCAUGCCCUGGGCGUCCUGGAGGAGCGUGUCAACAGCUCCAGGCGGAGGGUGCGCAGGCAUACUGCUGACGAUGACUACAACAUCGAAGUCCUGCUGGGCGUGGACGACUCUGUGGUCCAGUUCCACGGGAAGGAGCACGUGCAGAAGUACUUGCUGACACUAAUGAAUAUUGUGAACGAAAUCUAUCAUGACGAGUCCUUGGGGGCCCACAUCAACGUUGUCCUGGUGAGGAUUAUCCUGCUGAACUAUGGGAAGUCCACCAGCCUCAUCGAGAUUGGGAACCCCUCUCAGAGCCUGGAGAAUGUCUGUCGCUGGGCCUAUCUGCAGCAGAAGCCAGACACCGGCCAUGAUGAGUACCACGACCACGCCAUCUUCCUCACAAGGCAGGACUUUGGGCCUUCAGGCAUGCAAGGCUAUGCUCCUGUCACUGGGAUGUGCCACCCUGUCCGCAGCUGCACCCUGAACCAUGAGGAUGGCUUCUCGUCAGCGUUUGUGGUGGCCCAUGAGACUGGCCAUGUGUUAGGCAUGGAACACGAUGGGCAGGGCAACCGCUGCGGUGAUGAAGUACGGCUGGGCAGCAUCAUGGCGCCACUGGUGCAGGCUGCCUUCCACCGCUUCCACUGGUCCCGCUGCAGCCAGCAGGAGCUCAGCCGAUACCUGCACUCCUAUGACUGCCUGCGGGACGAUCCCUUCGCCCACGAAUGGCCGGCGCUGCCCCAGCUCCCAGGGCUGCACUAUUCCAUGAAUGAGCAGUGCCGCUUCGACUUUGGCCUUGGCUACAUGAUGUGCACCGCGUUCCGGACCUUUGACCCCUGCAAACAGCUGUGGUGCAGCCACCCUGACAACCCCUACUUUUGCAAGACCAAAGGGCCCCCACUGGACGGAACCAUGUGCGCACCUGGGAAGCAUUGCUUUAAAGGACACUGCAUCUGGCUGACACCCGACAUCCUCAAACGGGAUGGCAACUGGGGUGCCUGGACUCCAUUCGGCUCCUGCUCACGCACCUGCGGCACAGGUGUAAAGUUCAGGACCCGCCAGUGUGACAACCCACAUCCAGCCAAUGGGGGCCGCACCUGCUCAGGCCUUGCCUACGACUUCCAGCUCUGCAACCCCCAGGACUGCCCCGACUCCCUGGCCGAUUUCCGCGAGGAGCAGUGCAGACAGUGGGACCUGUACUUCGAGCACGGCGAUGGCCAGCACCACUGGCUGCCCCACGAGCACCGAGAUGCCAAGGAGAGAUGCCACUUGUACUGCGAGUCCAAGGAGACAGGGGAGGUGGUGUCCAUGAAGCGCAUGGUACAUGAUGGGACGCGCUGCUCCUACAAGGAUGCCUUCAGCCUCUGUGUGCGUGGGGACUGCAGGAAGGUGGGCUGUGAUGGGGUGAUCGGCUCCAGCAAGCAGGAGGACAAGUGUGGCGUGUGUGGAGGUGACAACACCCACUGCAAAGUGGUCAAGGGCACAUUCACUCGCUCGCCCAAAAAGCACGAUUAUAUCAAGAUGUUUGAGAUCCCGAUGGGAGCCAGACACCUGCUCAUCCAGGAGGCAGAUGCUACCAGCCACCAUCUCUCCGUCAAGAACCUGGAGACAGGCAAGUUCAUCUUGAACGAAGAGAACCAUGUGGACCCCAAUUCUAGAUCCUUCAUUGCCAUGGGCGUGGAGUGGGAGUACAGGAACGAGGAUGACAGGGAGACGCUGCAGACCAUAGGCCCCCUCCAUGGCACCAUCACCGUACUGGUUAUCCCAGAGGGAGAUGCCCGGAUCUCGCUGACAUACAAGUACAUGAUCCACGAGGACUCACUCAAUGUUGACGACAACAAUGUCCUCGAAGACGACUCUGUGCGCCAUGAGUGGGCCCUGAAGAAGUGGUCUCCCUGCUCCAAGCCCUGUGGCGGAGGGUCCCAGUUCACAAAGUACGGCUGUCGCCGGAAGCUGGACCACAAGAUGGUGCACCGAGCCUUCUGCAGUGCCCUCCCGAAGCCUAAGGCCAUCCGCCGAGCUUGCAACGCACAGGAGUGCUCCCAGCCUGUAUGGGUCACAGGUGAAUGGGAGCCUUGCAGUCAGAGCUGUGGGCGGGCUGGCAUGCAGGUGCGCUCCGUGCGCUGCAUUCAGCCACUGCACAACAACACCACCCGCUCCGUGCACACCAAACACUGCAACGACAACCGGCCUGAGAGCCGCAGGACCUGCAACCGCGAGCUGUGCCCUGGCCGAUGGCGGGCCGGGCCCUGGUCCCAGUGCUCGGUAACCUGUGGCAAUGGUACCCAGGAGCGGCCAGUGCUCUGCCGCACCGUGGAUGACAGCUUUGGUGUCUGCCAGGAGGAGAGACCUGAGACGGCCAGGAUCUGCAGGCUUGGCCCCUGUCCCCGGAACACCUCGGAUCCGUCCAAGAAGAGCUACGUGGUGCAGUGGCUGUCGCGGCCCGAGUCCGACCCGCCGGCGCAGAAGAUCGCGUCAAAGGGCCACUGCCAAAGCGACAAGUCAAUGUUCUGUAGGAUGGAAGUCUUGUCUCGCUAUUGCUCCAUCCCAAGCUACAACAAACUCUGCUGCAAGUCAUGCAAUCUGCAAAACAACCUUACCAACACUGACGAUGACGGGAUGGAGCCGCCACCCGGGAAACACAAUGACAUCGACGUGUUCAUGCCCACGCUCCCAGGGCCUACUCCGGCUACACAGGUGCAGCCUUCACCAGGUCCCCCACUGGAGGUCCCUCUCAAUGCCUCCAGCACCAAUGCCACUGAGGACCACCCAGAAACCAAUGCCGUAGAUAUCCCCUACAAGAUCCAUGGCCUGGAUGACGAAGUUCAACCACCCAACCUAAUUCCUCGUCGACCAAGCCCAUAUGAAAAGACCAGGAACCAAAGAAUCCAGGAGCUCAUUGAUGCCAUGCGGAAGAAAGAGUCACUCGGAAAGUCCUAAUAAAAUGGAAAGAUAGCAUCAGUAGCAUUUCUGUCCUUGCUUAUAGAGAUAUUCCAUGGGAUCACAAAUCCUGUGUCGUUGGAGAUGAUGCCAAAAUUCCUGAUUCCAAAAAGUUUCAAGAAAAGAAAGAGGGGGAAUGACAUUAGAAACACACAUGUGUAGGUGUGAGCAAGACACCAGGAAUGACCUAAGUCCUGCAGUAGUGUUGGGUGUGGAGUGGACAGGAAUGCAGAGGUUCUACAAGCUGCAUCAGUGAAGGGAGGCUGAGGGACAACUCCAACAAAAGCAAGUUUGCCCCAAGUUGCUAAGCAGUGCUUGGAACUCUUUCUUUCCUUGGUGAUGUCACACAUUUCCUAAGAGUCCCCAGGCCAAGCCAUAGCCCCCUGGGGACUGUUAGGAGACAUGGUGACUUAUUUCAUGACUGACCAGG